UUUCCAGGAGGCAGAGAGCAAUGCUCAGUCUACUGACAGGAGAGCCAGCAGACCGACAAGAAGUCAGGACAUAUUCUCAUAGCAGAAACAGACGGUAACACCAGCAGUGGGUUUUCUGAAGCCCACUUUUGCUCUCCUGGGUGUGAUUGCUCCUGAAUGCACAUUCAAACUAUUCUACUGCUCCCACCAAAGAUCUGCAGAUGCACUCAAACCCAAGCUUACUAUUCAACCCUGCUUCUGUCUCAAGACUCCCACAAAAGCUGUACCCACGGGAAGAGGAUACACAUGUUUUAUUGACAGAGCUACAGGUGGUUUGAGUUUGAGCUGUUGGGUUUUUUCCUGUGUGGUAAGUUGAGGCGUCUUUAGAGCCAGUAUGUUGCCUAUUGUUGUGGCAUGUUUGGUAUUCUUCCUGUUGGGCUCGGGUCAGGCUCAGGUUGCCACACAGACUCAGGGGGAGAGCCAGAGUCGUGGCCAGGGGCAGGACAGCUCUGCCAACCCUUGGAGGCAGGUGAUUCAGUGGGAGAACAAUGGACGACUGUUUAGCCUGCUGAACAGUGGAGCUGAAUACGUACCUGCAGGGGCCCAGGAAAGAGGUCCCAGGGUGGUUGUGGCAGACACUCAGCCACGCUCUUCACGUAGAACUCAGGGAGGCAAUGUCCGCCGACAAGCUCCAUCAAGAGGGUCCUCUGAGACUGUCCGUGGCCAGGCAAGGCAUCCUUUUGGCUUUGGACAAGUUCCUGAUAACUGGAGACAAACUGCAGGCGGCACAGGGGGCGGCCAGUUCCAAGGAUCCACUGGCACUCGCCUCAGGCCAUCCACAGGCUCUUCAUCGUCGUCGUCAUCAUCAUCAUCAACCUUUUCUUCAUCUUCUUUUAUACCAUCCUACCCACAAAACCCAUUUCCUCAACAACCUCCUUUCCAACAAGUACCUUAUGAUCCUAGUUUUGUAGAAGGGCCAGUCAGGAGCUACGAGCCACCUUUUCAGCCUGUUGCCGGUGGGGGAGGAUAUGUCGGUAGAGCAUAUGGUACUGGACCGGGGUAUACUCAAGGAGGGUAUGGUACUGGACCCGGGUACACUGGAGGAGGGUAUGGUACUGGACCCGGGUACACUGGAGGAGGGUAUGGUGGUGGUCAGCCCCAAGUGUUCCCAGGCUCUCCUUCUGAUGUUUCUGAAGAUGGCUACCGCUACUACCAGCCUUAUGGCUAUGGGCCAAAUCCUGUGGUGCCUGCCCGUGCAGCCCAACCUGCCCAACCUGCCCAACCUGCCCAACCACCGUUUGCAGAUGGUCUGGACCACAGAUACUCCCACAGUAUCUUCAAUGCGGAGACUGGUCAGGCUGUUCCUGCUGUCCCUGCCCCUGAAUUCAACCAGGCAGUUCCUGUGAUAGUGGACAGGACAGGAGCAGCUGGUCAACCACAAAUCAGGAGCCCUCAGUAUGAGCAGCUUCCUCCAUUUGGAAGACCCCAGCCUCCUGUGGCGCAGCCCAUUCCUCAAGCCAGAAGUUCUCCAAACUCCGGCAUCGAGAACCCCAACGUAAAUGUCGGGAGUGUGUACCGGCCAGAACAGAGAGGUUUGCCUGACCUUGUUCCUGAUCCAAACUAUGUCCAGGCUUCCACAUACAUCCAGAGAGCCCACAUGUAUUCUCUCCGCUGUGCUGCUGAAGAAAAAUGUCUUUCAAGCUCCGCCUAUGGGCCUGAGGUCACCGACUACGAUGUAAGGGUCCUGCUGCGAUUCCCACAGAGGGUGAAGAACAAGGGGACUGCCGACUUCAUGCCUAACAGGCCACGUCAUACCUGGGAGUGGCAUAGCUGUCAUCAGCACUACCACAGUAUGGACGAGUUCAGCCACUACGAUCUACUGGAGGUCAGUACAGGACGGAAAGUGGCGGAGGGACACAAGGCUAGUUUCUGUCUGGAGGACACCACCUGUGACUUUGGUCACCUGAAGCGCUAUGCCUGCACCACUCACACUCAGGGUCUGAGCCCGGGCUGCUACGAUACAUACAACGCUGAUAUCGACUGCCAGUGGAUCGAUAUCACGGACAUCCAGCCUGGAAACUACAUACUAAAGCUCACAGUUAAUCCCAAGUUUUUGGUGCUGGAAUCAGACUUCACCAACAAUGUGGUCAGGUGUAAUAUAAACUACACAGGACGGUUUGUUAGAGCAUCCAACUGCAAGAUAGCACAGUCUUGAUCGGGCGCUGGAGGUCUGCCACUAUAGAGGGACCCUGACUUCCAUUGAAAUGUGAAUGGAAUCCAUGUGUUGUUGGUUCAUUGUUGAUGUUGUUUGUCUUACUAAUUUGUGCCGUCUCGUUAUCCUGAACCCAUGAAAAACCUGGUUCACCUGGCACUGAAAAGCAUGUGGUGGUUUAAGGUAGACAUGCACACACACACACACACAUACACACAUUAUUGGAUAAUGCAAAUAGCACCUUGAUAUCAGACCAUAACAGUUUAAAUCCCUGCAAUCUAAGAUUUUGUAUUUCCUCUACCAACUUCUUGUUCACACUCUUCCAGUGUGGUUUGGUUAUAAUCGGACACAUCAUUGACUUUGAGGUGUUUACUGUUUCUACGCACAAACAUCGAUGCCCAUGAUGGCAGAGUGUCUCUGAUUGAAUUAUAAAUAAAGCAUCAAACAGUGCCAGUGAUGAAAUGAGUGGUUCCAGACGAGUCAGGGUUCAGCCGCGAUCAAACAAAUACAAUUACGGGACAAUGUCUUCCUGGGUGCAUUCACCCAUGCUCUGUGGGGACAGAAAGAGAUGCCCACUGACUCAGAAGAACUAUAAUGUGUUAGUUUUUGUGUUUUCUCUUCACUGCCUCAGGGGGUCAGGCUGGGAUACUGUGAUUUAAUGUUGUGUUAACAGCAAGAGGAAGACAGCAGGUCAUAUUUGCAUUUGUCAACCGCAUAAAAUUAUAAGUCAACAUAAAAACAGGCUGCCAGUACAGGCCACUGUUCUCCUCUAAACCCGUGCAUAUUUGUGUCGUGUCCCUAUUUCAGUAAAACAGGAAACUCAACUGGCAAAAAAGGGUGCUUUCCAGAAAACUAGACUCGCAGUAUGUACGCUUUAUAUUUACACUGUCUGAUGGUCUCUUCUUCUACUACCAACACUGGUCGGAUGGCACAUCUUUACCUUUUGAAGAAUGUGUAUACAAAUAUUCCACUGAUGCAUGAAUGAUGGGAUUAUUUUUGUUGUUGUAUCCAGUUUGACCUGUUACUGUUAUUUGUAAAAGUAAAUAAACUUAUAUAUUUUUUCUUGAUAAUAUGAAAUAUUCAAAAAGCACUACUGCUACAUACUCAGUGUUUUAAUGCAGAGAAAGCCGUCUCUACCUACCUCUCCAAUCGAGUGAGCUCUUUCUUGUUAAGUGUUGAAAUGGUUCACUCCUUCCUGUGUUGCAGCACAAAACCCACAACAUCUGGUGAAUAUGUGAAGAACACACAAUGCAGGAUGCAGACAAUGACUAAGACUAAUCUUCUAAGAAUUCAAGUUAGAAUCCUUAAGAUUUCAGUCCUGGUUUGUUGUGCGGUUUUAAUACUAAAUCAAACAAACAUGGAGCAGCUACUUUGUCGGCAGCAGUGCAGCAGAAGGGGCAACAAGCAUAUCUGUUUACAGUCGAAACCAAACAAACUCAAGUUUUAAUAAAGUCAGUCAAUAAUUGACCUUUCUCCAUGAUGCCAGGAUCAACGUGAUGUGAUUUCAUAUUUCACAAAGGGCUAGAAGUUCUCCUCCAGCAGCAGCGCACAGUAUCAGGAGUUAAAUCCUGAGUGAGAACAUAUAGUAACUUUUCAUCAACAGCUCACUCUGACUGGGCCUUUUUGUUCUAUUAUCUCUUAUAGUUUAAAUUGAUCCUUAUCCCAAACUUGCCACCUGGUUUGGAACAUUUUGGAUACAUGUUCAUAGUUUUGCUAAUUUAGGCUUCAGUAAUAUUGCCCUUCCUGGGGCUGGAUUACAACAAAAGCCACUCCACGUUUCACCCCUUGUGCACUUCUCUUGUAAACCAGCAGCAGUAGGAAUAUUUGGUUUGUGUUAAUACAGGAAUCAUAUAAUUUAAAUAGACUAAACGGAUACAACUUCAAACCAUAUUGCUGGAUUAUGCAUUGUUUCCUGUUGAGCGUGAAGGCAAUUUGAAUCCAUCACAAGACUGGCGGACCCCACCACUAACAGCAAAAACGACUUUACUGCAUAGAGGUAAUAACUGUAUUUAAAUACAUUGAAUGGCUAUUGCAGGAAAAAUGCUCAUCAUAAAUAGUUUUAAAAAAGCGUUGUUAUUUGAUCUGCAUUUAUCGACAUGGCAGGGUUAACGAUCAUACUGUGCUCUCACUGACGGGAUGCAACAACAUGUGACUCUGACAUUGACAUGUGGAACAACAGCACCAGAGUAGGCGACACAUAUACAGCGUCUUUGACAUGUUGUGAUGAUAUUUGUGAUUCUGUAAUGAACACCUCUCAAAGUUGUCAUAUACAAUAAAUACAUGUACACAUCC